AUGAUCUGUCCCCGAAAGUGUUCUGACAAACAUGCCCUACCACAAACGUUUUUACAUAUUCAAAUUCGAUUGUUGACAUCCUGCACGAGCUUCACCAAAACUUCGAUGUACAUCACGGAUGCCAAGUUGGCGACAAACUUUGUCUCUGUGUUGAUUAGCCGAUUACGGUGUCGCUGA